AUGCACCUGGAACUUUCCGGUGGUCGGUUUCACGGGUGCAGCCACAUUCUUCGCGUAUUGGUUUCAGCUAUAGAUGUAGGCGGCGAUCAUGGUGUGGUGAUUCAGAUUGCUUUCUCUCUCUUCACCGGCUUCACAUCCCUGGGAAAAUCGAUUCUAAAAUGGCUCAACCAAAUUACACCUCGCAAAUAA